CUCGCAUCAUGCACGAAUCUCAAAGCAGUUUUUUUUUCUAAUAUAAUUAUUCGGUCCAUUCGUUCGAAUUCCCCAACCCUCGGCGCCCGCAGCCGUCAGGACGUCGACGACGAUCUGGUCCCACAUCCCCCCCUCUCUCUCUCCGUUCUUGCUCGGAUCGUCACUGUCCCGGUCGUUUCUCUCCCGUACUUCUCGACCAUCUCCCUCACUCCUCACUCUCCCGGUCGAGAGCCGCCUCCCACAACAACCCCGACGCCCUUCACCGUCCCAGCGAACCAAAGACUAUGUCCUGAUACAUUAUCGAGGGACAAAGAAGGGUCUUUGAGUUUAUCAAAAGAUAGGAUGGGUACUGAACCAAAUGCCAACAAGAUACCAAAAGUGGUGAAACUUGACAAGGCUCUGAAAUUGGCUGAAACAUGGGUUAAUAGUAUGACCACAUCAGCAAGCGAUGAACCGAGCGAAGUAGAAUCUGAGGGUCGACCUUCAAGGUUGGGUCUGGGAGCUAAACUCACACCAAAAGCUAAAGUUGCAGUUUCAGUCGAUCAAGCGGCGAGAAGAUUGCUUGGGAAGUUGAACUCUAAGAAGAAAUUGACUUCAGAAAAUGUAGAGAACAACACCCCGGUUAAAGAGAACGUGUUGAGUGACGAGGAUGAACCAGAGAGCAGGACAAGAGCUUUUGUGAAGAAAAGAUCAAUACCAUCACCAGCAACUUUACAGUCUACCAAGAAGAGAAGAUGAUGCAUGGUGACUCCUCAUCAAGUUCAGAUCCUUUUGGAGGCACAUUUGCAUUUGAUGUUAGGCUAUUUGUUGCUUUUGUUGUUUGAUUGAAUGCAGUGUCAUUCUGCUAUGCGUGUCGGUGCUAUUUUACCUUUAAAGUAUGUCAUUUUUAUUCA